AUGGGCGAGUCGCAUCUCGAGCAUACUCCUUCCCUCCCCUUUGCCCAGCGCCCUAUUGUCAUUCUUGGGGCUGGUAUCAUCGGGUGUACCACUGCCCGGCAGUUGUUGUUGAACGGGUUCCCCGUGGUUCUAGUGGCGGAGUAUCUCCCAGGAGACCAGAACAUCCAUUAUGCUUCGGCUUGGGCUGGUGCAGCAUGGCAUGCCGCCGGGGGUAUCAGUCCGGAGCAGCGAUACUUCCAGGCUGUUACUCAUCGCCACUUGCUGAAGAUGGCCCAGGAGGAUCCGACAUCGGGGGUGUGUAUAGUUGAUACACGGGAACUCCUCGAGCAGGCUCCGCCGGAGAAUUCUUCGUUAUGGGGGCAGCAUGUUGUGUCCAAGUUCCGUCAUCUCAAAAAAGACGAAUUCCCCUCGCAUUUCAACUGCGGUUGGGCCUACGAUACCCUCGUCACCGAUCCAACAUUACACAUGCCCUAUCUCGGAAAGCAAAUCACGGAACGUGGAGGGCAGUUCAUUCGCAAGAAGGUCAACUCCUUGCAAGACCUGUACCAAAUGUUCCCCGAAUCCAGCAUCUUCAUCAACGCCAGUGGCAUUGGGAGUAAAGAGUUGGACGACGUCAAGGACGACAAGUGCUUUCCCGAACGCGGUCAGAAUGUGUUCUACAAGACCGACAAGUGCCAUAUGAUGUAUUUCCGGAAUGGCAAGCAAUAUACAUAUGUGAUUCCCCGUCCGAUGUCCAAGGGUGUUGUCCUUGGGGGUGUCAAACAGCAGGACAAUCUCUCCCCCGAAGUCGAUAUGGCAAUUGCCCAAGACGAAAUCUCCCGCGCUCACAUCCUGGCACCCGAAAUUGUACCAGAGAAUCCUCCGGAAGACAGCAUCAGCCACAUCAUUGGCAUCCGUCCUUCGAGACAGGGUGGUUUCCGGUUAGACUGCGAGAAGGUCGGACAGCGCACUAUCCUGUCCGCGUAUGGAUUUGGUGGUGGUGGAUAUGCAUUCUCGUAUGGAGUGGCCGAUGCUCUGUCCAAGAUGGUUGAGAGGGCCGAACGGGAGAAUGUGAUUCUGUGA